GGGAAUUUUCAUACCUAACCUUACACAUGUAUUAAUUCAAAGUUUAAUACUUUAACAUUGUUGGUUUCAACAGUGUUCAAAAAAGCAUUGUUUCAAUAGUGUUCAUAAUAGUCCAAUAGAUUAGACGUUACAGGCUUGUUAUAGUUUUAUGUUGGUCAAGCCUUUACGUCUAAUAGUUAUUGCUCAAAAACGCGUAGCAUUUUGAAAAAUUAAAAAAAUGUCUGUUGACUUGCCUUUCAAGCUUUAUUCAAAAGCUUAUCUUCUGUUCUUUCAAUUGCAUGGUCUAUCAUUAACAAAAACUUUAAAACAAUGUACUUAUCAAUUAAAAAUAAAAUAUAAAUAUCAGUCUAUUUCGCUCAUCGGCCAUACUGGUUAAGUAAAGCGUUUUACAGAUUGAUUCCAAUUUUUUGAACGGAAAAAUAUAUUUGAACACACUGACGGUGCAUGGUCAAUUAUUUCGUUGAAAAAAUAUUCCGUUAGAAACUUCUGGACUCAUUUAAACGCUUGCAUUUAAAUUAGCCAAUCAGAUUUCGCGCACUGUAUGGCGGCCAUUUGUUUAUCAGCUGUACAAAGAAUUUAAUUAAAUGAGAGGAUUUAAUCAUGACUUUUCGGUUGUGACAGUUCAAUUAUUUUGUUUAAAGUGUUCCUUUUACAAGAUGCAGGAUCUUAAACUAAUGUCAGCACAUGUAUUAAUCUAGAUUGGCAAAAUGUUGAAUAAACCAUCUCAUACAUUAUGGCUGUGUUCAAUGGCAAACUUCAUCAAUGCUGCCGACAGAGUUAUCAUGCCUAUAGCCAUUGUCCCCAUGACAGAUGAGUUUAAUUGGGACAUGCAUGGUCAGGGAUGGGUGCUCAGUUCUUUUGCUGUUGGAUAUAUAAGCAGUCAGGUGAUUGGUGCCAGUGCAACAAAAAAAUAUGGAGGGAAAAACGUUUUAACAAUUUCAGUGUUACUUUGGUCCCUGUCAACAUUUCUUGUGCCAUUGUUUGCUCACUCAAUAUACUCUCUGACUUUGGCUCGAGUAAUACUUGGUCUAGGAGAAGGAUUAGGUUUACCAACAGUGUUUCAUAUAUUUUCUCAUGGCAUUCCGAGUGAAGAACGAUCAAGAGCGUUUGGUUAUUUGGUGGCCUUUGGUUCCAUUGGUCAGACUGUAGCAUCUGUGAUAUGUCCUCAUCUUAGUUGGAGAUGGAUGUUUUAUUCAUUUGGCUCUAUUGGUUUUAUUUGGGUGUUUUUCUGGUUGUAUAUUUAUAAAGAGCCGAGGGGGUCCAUUGAUGAGGAAUUUGUAGAGCCACCUAAAGUAAAUAAUAACAAUGUUAACUGGAGAGAAUUCAUCAGUCACUGGCCACUAUGGUCUAUUUAUAUUGCACAUUUUUCCAUGAAUUGGUCUAACUACAUCAUCAUGCAUUGGUUACCGACGUACCUUACUCGGUCGCUGGGAGCCGGUAAAACACAUAUCAUGUUAACUGCAGUGCCUUAUCUAAUGAAUUCUUUAGUGGGAGUAGUUGCGGGACAUUGGGCUGAUUCUCUCAUCACCACACAGAAGUGGACAGUAUUAUCUGUGCGACGGUUGAUGACAAGUAUUGGACUGAUGGGUCCCGGAAUAUUUAUUCUCUUCUUUAGUGCUGUCAAUAAUUUACCUUUAGCUGUGUUAUUUGUUACAAUAUGCCUUGGGCUGAGUGCCUGUAAUUCUUCAGGACAUCUCAGUAAUCACGCGGAGGUUGCCCCGAGCCAUGCUGGCAUCACCUUCGCUAUCUCCAAUACUCUAGCAACUAUUCCAGGAAUUUUAUGCGGGCCUUUAACGGCUGAACUUGUUACUCAAAGUCACGGCAGAUGGUUUCCAGUGUUUGUUAUUGCGGCUGGCGUUAACUUUGUCGGAGGAAUGGUGUAUUUGAGCCAGAGUGCGGCCAGUCAGUUGUUAUAGCUGCGACGGGAGUUCUACUUGUGACUUUAGUUACCAGAAGUCUUUCAUUGUUUAUCUAUAGGUGAUAAAAGGAUGGUUUUUAAAAUGCUUUUUAAUGGCCUCACCCUUUCUAUUAAAGGGUAUAUUAUUUUCACAAUGCUCAUUCUGUCUGUUAAUAAAUUUAUGCAACAGUCCCUCCACAUUUAUGUUUUACAAUAACAAAAUUCUAACUCGUAUUAUAAUAUAAGACCCAAAAACGUUGAAGUUUUACUCUUUUGAUUAGAAAAUAUUUUUAUAGAGUUAAAACCUUUUUAUCAAUAUAAAACGUAGACCUUAGUUGUUGUUUUUGUCUUCUAAAAAGAUAAACUUCCUUAAAGAAGCAGUAUUUAUUUAAGUUCUUUAUAAAGUGUGAUUUCUGUGAUAGUGUGAUCUGAUUGAAACACUCGUUGAAGACACGGCCAGGGAUGACUUGUUUGAUUCCCUGCUGCUUCCCCCGAGUCUGUCACUAGACUUUAAACUGAUAUCCUGGGAAUAUCAUUCAUGUACUUUGUACGUUACAAUAAAUCAUAUAUUUUCUUAUCAUCAUUUGUUCUGGCGCCAUAUUACUUAAAUUGUGUUAGUGAGCCGUAAAAUCUAACAAAAUAAAAAUAUAUUUUCUAAAUAAAAUAGUGUUAAGUUGAAAAAAAUCUACAUAAAAUACAUAUAUCUAAGUUUUCUUGAGGAGACCCAUCCGUUGACUAGAGAUAUGUGUACAAUGUAUUUAAAUAUCAAUUCAGUAAGAAUUAUUUAAUCUUACGAAAGUUGUUUAAGCAGUAAAGUGAAUAUAAUUUCAGUUAUUAUUGUCACUGCAGCAUUUUUAAAAAAUCAUGUUUUAGACUGAUUCUGUUUCAUUUUACACAUCCCUUUUGUUGCCAGUAUAUUUUAAAAAUGGCAAAUAUUGAGGGAAUUUUAGUUUAUAAUACAUUUGUAAUUUACAAUUUUUGAUGAGCAAAAGAACUUAAUUGAUCAAAAUGAACAAAUUUUUAUGUGUUGAAAUUAUGAACUUUGAAUAUUCAUGAUUUAAUAGGUGUAAAGAUUGUAUGAAAUCUUUGAAUAUUCAUGAUUUAAAAGGGGUUUUACAGAGGUUUUAUGAAUAUUUAUUAAGGGAAAAGAUUCCACAAAGUAUAGGAAAAUAUAAAUUAAGUCUUAAAAUAUUGACUGUUCAAUAUGGCAUAGCUUUUUAACACUUUUAUAGAAUAGCUUGAUAUAUGAAACGAUUUCUGACGUUACAAAAAUUUAUAGUCUCCAAAUUUUUUAUAGGAUUUAAUGAAGUUUUUUAUUUUAGUUUUUGCUGGCACUAAUUUUUGAAGGCACUGUUUUACAAUUUAUUAUGCUUGAUGUAAUGAUCUAACAUUAUCUUGCUUAAUUUCAUAAAUUGACUGUCCAGUUUCUAUUUCUAGAAAUUUUAGGCAUAUCAAGAUGAAAAUUGGAAGUUGAUCAGCUAACAUAGAGCCUGGUCAGACUGAACUUAAUGCCAGUAAUAACUUGAACUCAGCUUGACUCAUUCAUAUAUAUAUUGUUGAGAAUCCUAGAUCCGAUCUUGUCUUUCAUUCAACACCAUAUUCUUUUAUGUCCCAAAAUCCCUCAAGAUGCCUGUUAUGCAUGGGAUCAUAUUUUCACAUUAAGUUAUCAAUGUGUUGGCAAAUUUCUUGUCAGCAAAGAUGUUUGAACAAGUAGAAAUUUUGUGCAAAAAGAAAUUAUAUAGAAUUCUUUGGGUGUUGGAAUUGUGGUUACGCCCAGAGGGGUAAAAAUAAACUUUCCAGGAAUGCUUGCAUGGAAAAAAAUGGAAUUUUUUAUAUAUAUAAUUUUAUAAACAGAGAUUACUUAACAAUUUAUGAUCUAAAUAUAAUGAGAUUGGAAAAAAAUAAAAGAGAACUUUUUUAUGAAUUUUAAGAUUAACUUCAGUAUCUUGUAUAGAAAUAUAGUUGUGCCAAAAAUGUUGUAAAUAUGCUAAAUUUUAAGCUUUCUAAAUUAUGCUGUAAACAGUGCUAUACGUUUGUAAUGAUUUUACUUUUUUGAAUCCAAAGAACCACAUUUUUAAAUUUCACAUGUAUGAACUACAUUGUGUUUUUUGUUAAGAUGACAUUGUUUCCAAAUACAUGUAUAUUUACUCCUAUAUUGGAAUUUUUUACCCCCAUCCCCCAAUUUGUAAUCAGUACCUCAAGUAUCUCUUAAGGAGUGUGUAUAAAAGAAAACAUUUUAUUUCCCAUAUAAAUGGCCAGGGAACCCUAAAUACAAUUGGACUCUUUAACCCUUUAUUUCCUUAAUGUCUUAAAUGGACUAGUCCAACUUUCAUAAAUGGAACUGUCUAUUAUUAAUUUUUGGGGAUGUCAAGAUGAAACUUUAAUGUCAGCCAAGGGAAGAACCCCUUGUUAGACUUCACAGAGGUGCAGGCUUGUCUGGCUAUAUACAGGUGGCAAAGGCUUAUCAUUUAGACUUUAGAAGCAUAGGGGUUAUUACCUUUAAAGUGAUGGAGGUUAUAAAAUUUCAGAAUUUAAUAUUUUCUAAAAGCUUGGCAGAUGUUCUGUGAUAUACCAUUUGCAAAUGAAAAAAAAAAUGUUAUUUUCAACAGAUAUUAUAUGCUCAUUCAAAUAUUUAAUAGAUAUAGGUUACAGUUACUAGUAUAUGACACAGGGUUUAUUAAUAUUAUGACAUAUAUAAAACAUGUGAAUUAAUGUGGUUGUUUUUUAUGCCUUCAUAUGUUCAUGGUGCAAACACUGUAUAUAGAUACUUUUAAAUUAUGAGAUUAAAAGUUUAAAUGCCAUUGUAGUUGUUUACAUGUAUAAAUUAUAUGUAUUUAUUAGAAAAUAAAAUCUGUAUGUGAAAUUGAAACAA